AUGCACCGUGUCUUAGGCAGGAUGAAUGUGAUGUUAGUGAAUCAAGGCCAUCUUCCCGCCACCGGCCAGCGCACGCCCGGCCUCCAGUUAUCGGACCGCAAGCCGUCGCAGCGGAAUUGCAUGCACGCAGCCCACAUUUCGAUUGCAAAGGAGGCGAAACCGCCGGGAGAAAGGAGAGGCGAGCCGGCAUGUGAUGAUCGCCAUUAUCGCCUCGUCUUGGUUGCUCAGCCGCGAUGGCCAGUGUGGAAGAAGCAUGCGAAGGUGGACGAAUGUUCGAGGCAGCUGAGCGCUGAGACGCGAGCGAAGAAUUUGCAUGGGCAAAGUGCAGGUGGGCAUCUGGGGGAGGCGGAGGCCCAUACGGAUCGAGCCAUGGCGCUAGGGUUGGAAAUUGGCUGGGGAAGACAUGUCAAGGCGAGAGUCUUGCAGCUUGAUGAGAAGAUAAGCUUAGUUGAGCUGAGGGAUGUUGAGAUGCCUCCUUGGUUUAUCAAAGUGCCAUCCACCAUGGAGAGUAAGGAGGAUGACGGUGCAUCCAGUGUGGUUACCGGUAGAAAAAUUUCGCUUCCCGUCCAAAGUAAUUGUCCAUGGGGUCGCGAAAACAUUGUCGGCCAGAUGGCAGAAGCGGGCAAGGUGGACAAAGAAACAACCGCCUGUCUGGCUGCUAUAAUUGGCCGUCGGGUCCGCUAA